AUGGAAGACACGUGGGUGUACAUCCUCUCGGCGACCUCCCUCCUCUUCCUUCUCUACCUUUUCAAAUUGCAGAGAAGCAGCAAGAGAAAUCUCCCGCCGGCCCCGCCUUCACUCCCCAUCAUCGGCCACCUCCACCUCAUAAAAGAGCCUGUCCACCGCACCCUUCAGUCCCUCUCCGACCGCUAUGGCCCUGUCCUCUCCCUGUCCUUAGGCUCUCGGCCCGCGGUCGUCAUAUCCUCCGUCCGCGGCCGAGGAGUGCUUCACCAGGAACGACAUCGCCCUCGCCAACCGCCCCGCACGCUCGCGGGCGAGAUCAUGGCCUACGGCAACACCAACAUCGGCACCGCCCCCUACGGCCCCCACUGGCGCAACCUCCGCCGCCUCACGGCCGUGGAGAUCCUUUCGCCGCACCGCCUCACCGGCUCCCUCGCCAUCCGGCAGGAGGAGGUCAGGCACCUCAUGAGGAGCCUCUACGAGGCGGCCUCCUCUUCCCAGGGCGGCGGUUUUGCGAGGGUGGAGAUGAGUUCGAGGCUGCAGGAGAUGUCCUUCAACAUCAUCAUGAGGAUGAUCUCUGGGAAGCGCUACUCUGGGGCCGCCGUCGACGCUGGCGACGCCGAGGUGGCGAGGGAGUACAGGGAGCUGAUAAAGGAGGAAUUCGAGCUGAGCGGAACGGACCCGGGCGAUUUCUUGCCGGUGCUGAGGAAGGUGGUGGACUUCAAGGGUAGAGAGCGGAGGAUGGUGGACGCGGCCAACAGGUCCGAUGUGAUCUUGCAGGGGAUGAUAGACGAACACAGGUCGAGAAGGAAGAGAAGCGAUGCCGACGGCAGCCGAGAGGAGGAGAGCAAGACAAUGAUCGAGACGAUGCUCUCGGAGGGCUACUCGGACGACAUCAUCAAAGGCCAGAUCAAUUCAAUAAUAGGUGCGGGUACAGACACAUCUGCGGUGACAAUAGAAUGGGCCAUGUCCCUCUUGCUCAACCACCUGGACGUCAUGAAAAAAGCUCAAGUAGAACUAGACGACAUUGUUGGCCGAGACCGUCUAGUUGAUGAAGCCGACACCCACAAGCUGCCUUGCCUUCAUAAUAUCAUCAAUGAGGCGCUCCGAUUGUUUCCACCGGCGCCACUCCUAGUGCCUCAUGAGUCUGCUGAGGAUUGCACGAUUGGUGGGUUUGACGUGCCCCGAGGCACCAUGAUCCCGGUUAAUGCAUGGGCAAUUCGGAGAGACCCAAAAGUGUGGGACGAUCCCACAAAUUUUAAACCGGAGAGGUACGAUGGAUUGGAAGGUGAUCAUGCCUACCGACUAUUGCCGUUUGGCAUGGGGAGGAGAAGUUGUCCGGUGCUGGCCUUGCCAAUAGAGUGGUGA